UGGGCUCUUAGUUCCCCGACGAGGAAUCGAACCCUUGCCCCCUGCGGUGGAAGCGUGGAGUCUUAACCGCUGGACCAUCAGGGAAGUCCUGCUGUGGACUUCUGUCCGUUCCAGAUGUCGGGGCAAUGUAGAAGAUGGGUAGAGAAGGUCGAGGCAGGGAAGGAGGGUGGUGGGGUCAGGGGCAGCAGAUUAGGCUGACUUGACAGUAGGCUGGCUCCUCCCAACUUCUCUUCUGAGGUCAGUACCCACCACUUCCCCCUUUAGCUAAAAACACAAGCCACAGCUUGGUGAAUGGCAUGUAAUGUCAGACAGCCUUGCCCCGCAGAGGUACAGGUCUUGGGGUGGGGGCAGUGAUUCACUGGGUCUGGCUCUGAGUCGGCACAGCCAAUAGGAUGGAGGGGGCAGCAGAGCAGCUGCCGGAGAAGGACUGGGGCUGCCCAAGGGUCCACGCAGGCAGUUGCCAAUCUGGAUAGGCAGGCUGGGCAGCGACCGUGGCUCUAGUCAGAGCUCUGUGUCACAGAGCCCAUGUCAUUGAUGUGUUCCUGUGGGGAGGAAGCUGAAAGGAGGGGUCUUCCGGGAAAGAAAGCAAGGAAUAUGGGAGUUCCAGAGAGGGAAGGCUAAGCAUCAUCAGAGGGCUGAGGCCCAGCACCCCAAGGUCACCAUCCUGGGCAGCUGCCCAUCUGCCCUGAGAUUUCUUGAUGAGAGAUGGGUGGUUGUUUGUGUUAAACAGAGGUUAUCAGGGAAAAUGGUUUGUGCUUUUGAAGGAGGUCAAGGGCAAUGAACAAGAGAGUGUGUGCGUGGCCCCAGACCCUGCUGUCCUCAGCCCUGGCUGCACCGUGGCCUGUGCCUCGUGGGUCUUUGUGGUGCUGGCCACACAGUCCUGGAGUUGUGAGGCUGUGCGGACUUCCAGCUCCGUGGGCUGUGUUCACCAGCAGGCUACGUGUAGGUGUCCUUGCCCUUGGUGAGAAACUUGUUCCUGUCAUCCAGGAGUUGGUGAGAGUUUUAGAUGGACCCUGAGGGGAGGGAGGGGCAUGGCAGCCGGGUGCGCCCCCUCCCCACAGGGCUGCAGGCGGCAUGGUCCAGCUGAAGACCUGCGGACAACUCUUGCCUGUGGGAGGUGUGUUCCUUAAACUCCCGGUCUUUGGGGCCUGGCUGGGAACACGACUUGAGCUACCCGCCGGGAGCACUGGGCCUGACAUGUGGGUUCAGGGGCUCCUGAUGGCCGCCCUCAGGGAUUCCUCUCCCCACGCCUCCGACCUCUCCUGUGGGGCAGGAAUUCAGGCCACUAAGAAUGGGAGGAGGGAGGGCAUUGCAGACGGACGCCCUGAGCAUCUGGGGGAGAACUAGUGAAUGAAGCGACAUUAGGUUGGAGUGUGUGUCUCUGCACGUGUUAGCGUGUGUGUGUGUGUGUGUGUGUUCUGUCUGCAGUAGGGCUUCUGGCUAGGAGAGUGCGUGGGUCUCGUUUUGUAUGAUGGGCAUAAAGCUUGGUGUGUGUGGUAUGUGAAAAUUUAAUUGUGUGUGUGUGAGUUGAAUGCUGUUGGGAGUGUGUGAGUGUGUGUUUGGGGGGGCACGUGAGACUUGCAGUGUGUGAGACCGUGUGAUUGCAACAGCCCAUCUGUCUCAGAAUAUGUGUUUGUGUGUGUCUAGAAGUGCAUGCGAGACCGUAUGUGUACAAUGGGGUGCAUGUGAUUAUAUGAAUAUGAUUGUGGCCAACAGUCCCCGGCUGAAAACUCACACAGCUCCGUAAAUGGAGGGCAUUCAGUCCCACGACCCCAUUCAUGCAGAAACCAGUCUGGCCGGGCAGGCAGGAAGCCUGGCCGAGGGUGCCCAGAAAUAGCCAUCAGCACUGUUGGCUCAGCUGGAAGACCAUCCAGUUCCCAAAAUGACCUGGGCUCAGAGGCAGGGAAGUCAAUGCCAGACCUCACCCUGGACUCCAGCGCCAGCUCCCGCUCUCAGCCCCCGCUCUCAGCCCCCGCUCUCAGCCCCGAGGAGGUCGGGACUCUGCAGUCAUCACGAGGAAGUGGGUGACUCAAGGCCAUGGACCUGGGGGCAUGGCUGAGGGGCCCAACACCAGUCAGUCUGCCCCAUGAUUUCCUCUGACUCCUGCAGCCCUUCUUCUCUGCUACAGUUGAGUGGAACUACGUGCUGCUCUGAUGUGUUUCAUUGUGUCAGGUCCUGUUGUGUUAUAUUGUGUUGUGAAAACUCCCUAUCCAGGUCCCUCUGGGGCCUCACCUAUGAGAAGCCCCCAGCCCCUUCUCGGCCCUCAGGAAAGGCCUGUUUCCCCUAUGCCUCUGUUCCCCGGCUCACCCUGCUUGGUCCUCGCACUGACCCCUCGGCCCCUCACCUACCAUCGAUCACCCCCAUUCUGAAACUAGCCCACAGUUGGCCCCUGUGGCCAGACUGGGCUGUGGAGAAGAGCCCCGGCCCCAAACAAUGCAUUCUUCACACAGCUUACUUCCUUUGCCUUUCUGUGGCCCGGCGGGUGGGGAGGUGGGGAGUCUAUGGACAUCCAGGGGCUGACCUAAGGAUUCUGGGGCAGGAGUCGGAUAGGGACUGUCAGGCAGAGACCUCAGUCUGAGAUUGGAGCCUGCUGACCGGGGAGUGAGCACAAUAGCACAGGGGCCCCCCGGAGGGGGCGGGAUGGGUGGGCACCCUGGUGAGACCCCGAGGAGGCUGCCACUGGGAGCAGUUCGUUUGGAAGUUUGGGCCUCAGCAGACUUGACAAUCUGACUGCACCUGCAGCAUUUGCAAGAAGCAGCGGAAUAGGCACUUUGCUGUUCCAGCUUCUUGCUUUAAGCUCCUGAAGGGAGCCGAGAGGGUAGUGGCAUACACAUACACGUUCAGCACGCACAAAGCACGCCUUCUGUAAGAGAUGUGGUGUCCAGAGCUUUUGCGCGCCCGGCUCUAACCCUGCCUGGAUGAGGGCACGAGGCUGAGUGUGGGCACAGGAAUUCAGUGACAGCGAUUGAGAGAAGGCCAUGAAGGAGCGUGAGACCACCAGGAACCUGUUAGAGAGUGAGCUUCUGCUUCUCCCUUCCAGAAAAGGAGCGCUGACCGGGGCCAGCACCUCUGUUGUCCCUGCUGCACCCCGCUGGUGCUCAUAAAGGUGGCUGACCCAGGCUGCUGGUCCACUGGCCAGGUGCCAUCUUGACCUCUGCCGUUUGCUCCAGCUGCCAGUUUCUGUAAGCAGCUCUUUGACCCGCCUCAGUCUAGAUUUUGUAGUAGCCCAGUUGACUUCCUUCCUUCCCUUCCUGCUCCGCGUCAUGCGGGAUCCUCCCGGACCGGGACACGAACCCGUGUCCCCUGCAUCGGCAGGCGGACUCUCAACCACUGCACCACCAGGGAAGCCCAAAGCUUUAGUUCUUGACUCUGGUAGAGAGAGUUCUUCCGUUUUGGCCUUGUUCCAGAGUGUCUGCUGUUUUGGGCCCUCUGCAUUUUCAUGUAAAUUUAGAACCAGCUUGUUGAGUUUGACCUAACCACGCAUUAAAUCUGUAGAUCGAUUUGGAGAUAAUUUUAAAAAAUUUAAGAUAUUUAGUAUUCCUCUCUAUGAAGAUGAUACAUGUCUCCAUUUGUUUGUCUUCAUUAUUUUCUCUCAGUAAAGUUUUAUAUAUCUAUUUCUCUCUAUAUCUAUCUCUCUAUAUCUAUAUCUGUAUCUCUUAUUCAUUUAUCAGUUCAUUUAUCCUAGGCAUCUGUUAUUUUUAAUGCUGUUGUGAAUGUUAUCUCCUUUGAAAAUGCAAUUUUCUAGAUGUUUGUGCUGCCAUAUAGAACAUUUUAAUUAUUCUAUACUGACUUACAUGCAGCACUUAAAAGACUCUCUAAUAUUUUAUCUGUAGGUGCUUUUGGACUUAUAUAACUGUAUCUAAUACCUGUUCAUUUCUUCCUUUUCCAUCUACAUAGACUAUUCUUCUCUUGCUUUACUGCAUUUGUAGGCUCUCUAGUACAAUGUUGAAUAGCAGUGGUAAAAGUAGGCAUCCUUAUCCUCUAUCUAGACCCAAGGGAAGGUUUUUGCUUUGUUUUAUUUUGUUUUUGACAGCUUUUUAUCUUAUAUUAUUAUUGUUUGUUUUGGCAUAAUUUCAGGCUUACAAGAAAGUUACAAAAAUAUUAUGAAGUAUUUCUGGCUACCCUUUAUCCAGAUUCAAAAGGAUAGCGUUUGGUAUUUCACCAUUAAAUAGGAAGUUUACUGUGGGAAUUUUUUUUGGUAGACACUUGUUAUUAGAUUAAGGAUAUAUUCUUUUGUUUCUACUUUCUAAGGGUUUUUAAUUUUUAAUUAUUUUAUUUAUUUAUAUUUUUGGCGGUACCGUUCCCCGACCAGGGAUCGAACCCGCGCCCCCUGCAUUGGAAGCAUGGAGUAUAACCACUGGACCGUCAGGGAAGUCUCUCUAAGAGUUUUUUUAAUUCAAGAAAAGAUGAUGAAUUUUAUAACACAUUUUCUGCAUUUAUUGAAAUAAACAUAUACUUUCCCCCUUAGUUCUGUUGAUGUGAUAAGUUACAUCAAAUGUUUUUCUAAUAUUAAACUUACCUUGCAUUUCUUGUAUAAAUCCUUGUUAAUCAACAUAUAGUAUCCUUUUUUUAGUCUUAAUGUUUUUUAAAAAAUAUUUAUUUAUUUAUUUGGUUGCACCAAGUCUUAGUUGCGGCAGGCAGUCUUCUUAGUUGUGGCAUGUGAACUCUUAGUUGCGGCAUGCAUGUGGGAUCUAGUUCCCUGACCAGGGAUCGAACCCCGGCCCCCUGCAUUGGGAGCGUGAAGUCUUAUCCACUGUGCCACCAGGGAAGUCCCAACAUAUAGUAUCUUUUUGAUAUGUAAUUUCACAUACUUGUUAAUAUUUGGCUUAGAUUUUUUUGUCUAUGACCUUGAGUAGUUGGAUUUUGAUGUCAUGACAUUAGCCUCAUUACAUUAAUUGGGGUAUUUAGUGAUGUUUUCCAUUUGUUCCAAGAGAUCUAGUUUCCCCCUUUCCCCAACCUGCUCUGUACCCCAGGAUAUGGCCUUUUUCGGAUUGUGUCACUGGGUUACUUUGUCUUUUGGUUUUUGGUAGAGGCUUAGAGUUUAAAGUAUAACUAAGUUCUAAGGCCAUGGGGGUGGUUGCAACAGCACCUCAAUCUACACAGGAAUAUUUUCCCCAACGUGCUUCUUCUCUUGAGUGUCUCUGUGCUGUUCCCCCAUCACCUCUCCAGAGCUCCGACUUCAGGAAAAGCCAAGCCCCUUCUAGGCCCACCGUCCUGGGCCAUUCGCACAACCAGUCCCGCACCCCUGCUGCCUCUGUGAGCUUAUCCCUGCCUUUCUUUCCUCCCUCAGUGACCUCCUUUCUGCUUCUUGACCAGACCGAGUAUGCUUCUGUAGCAGGGCUUUUGCAUGUGCUGCACUCCCUACCCGAAAUGCUCUUCCUCCAAGUGGCUGCCUGCUUCGUUGCCUCAUUUCUCAGGUCUGUUCAAAUAUCACACGUCAGAGAAAUUUCUCCAUACUGGUUUUUUUUCUUUUAAUACGUUUAUUUAUUUAUUUUUGGUUGCAUUGGGUCUUUGUUGCAGUGCGCGGGCUUUCUGUAGUUGAGGUGAGCAGGGGCUACUCUUCGUUGCGGUGUGCAGUCUUCUCAUUGCGGUGGCUUCUCUUGUUGCGGAGCACGGGCUCUAGGCACGCAGGCUCAGUAGUUGUGGCACACAGGCUCGGUAGUUGUGGUGCACAGGCUUAGUUGCUCCUUGGCAUGUAAGAUCUUCCCAGACCAGGGCUCAAACCCACGUCCCCUGCAUCGGCAGGUGGAUUCUUAACCACUGCACCACCAGGGAAGUCCUCCCCAUACUCUUGACCCCUUACAUCAAAGGCGCUGGCUCCCUCCUGCCCCCCAUGGCACUCUCUUCUUUCCCCCUGCUUCAUCUUCCUCCAUAGCACUUCUUGCCAUUGGUUGAUUGUCUUUCACUCCCUCUUCGAUGUAUAAAGAGCUGCAGGAGAGCGAGAGCUUUGCGUGUGCUGCUGCAUCCCCAGGACUAGGACAGGGCCCAACCCCCAGUGGGUGUUUCACGGUGUUUGUUAGAAUAAUGGAAGGAAUAUUCCAUUUCUCUGGAGUUGAUAAACAAGAAUACUUUUACUUCUAUUUGCUGUAGAUGUGCUUGUGAAUAUUGCCUGGGAUUAAUUAAGUAAGGUGAAGGUUUAUAAUAUUUUGAUAAGUCAGAAUUAAGUAACUUUUUGUUGGAGGCCCCUGGCUGGCCUUUUCUCUGAGUCACCUUUGGCAGAAUAAGGUUUGCUGAAGCCCAGAGUUGAAGUUGGGACACAAGUUGUGUGACCACAAUCAGAACCUUAUGCCAGAUAGGAUUCACAUCUGGUAAUUGCUCUUGGCAAGGAGAUACAAAGUAUUGAGCUCCAGCUGUCAGCUGGUCUCCGUGGAGCCCUCCCUUGCCAUGGCUACUGAUGCCUGGGGGCCCUACCUCUGAAGGUCACCCCAUGAGGGGCUCAGGUGGCUGCAGAUGUGCCUCAGAGUUCCUGGGCAGGAACGUGAACACCAUAUGGGCCAGGCUGCACAUGCUUGCCCUAUGUGUAUGUGGGACGGGACUUCAGUGUGGUGGGACACCUGGGCACGGGUCACACGCCUCCUGUCCUUCAGAAGACACUGCCUUCCAUCCCCUCCCCAGCUCUGUGAGAUGAGGAAGCCAGUAGCUUGGAGUGCUGAAGUAACACAGGUCGCUGCUAUGGGUCCAGCCCAGUGCCCUUCCGAGGAUGCCACAAGACCAUCUGAGACGUCCCCGGAUGGUGGGGACAUUCGGUGAGGUCAGAGCAAAGUGCUGAACAGGGUCAAGAGAGGAGUGGCAGCAGAUGUUGUCCUUUCCUAAUGCAAGUUUUUUUCAAAUAAAAUUUUAAUUUGGGAUAAUUUUAGAUUUAUAGAAGAGUUGCAAAGAUUUGUUAAAACUGAGAAACAACAUUGGAACAUUACUGGUAACUAAACCCUACUCUUUAUUUGGAUGUCACCGGGUUGUCCACUAAUGUCCUCUUCGGGUUCCAGGAUCCAAUAUACAACCUAUGCACACUGCAUUCAUUGUCUUGCCUCCCCAGUCUUCUCUGCUCUGUGGAGUGACUCAUUCUUUCCUUGUCUGUCAUGGCCUUGGCAGUCUUGAGGAGGACUGGCCAGGUAUUGUAGAAUGAUCCCCAAGCUGAGUUUGUCUGCUGUUUUUCUCAUAAUGUAGAUGGGGGUACAGACUUCGGGUUUUGAGGAGAACACCACAGAGGUGAGGUGCCUUCCCAUCACCUUACAGCAGGGUAUAUAUGGCAGCAGUAUGUCUUACCACUGGGUAUACCAGCCUUGAUUACUUGACUAAUGUUGUGUUCGCCAUGUUUCUGCACUGUUUUCCCCUUCCCCUACUGUUUCCUUUGGAAAUGAGUUACUGAGUCUAGCCCACUCUCAGGGAGGUCAGGGCAGUAAGUUCCCCCUCCUGGAGGGGAUAAUCUACAUAUAUGAUUCGGAAUGUUUCUGUAGGGAAUGUUUGUCUCUUCUCCCCCAUUUAUUUAUUUAAUCAUUUAUUUAUAACAGUACGGACUCACACAUAUUACUUUAUACAUUGGGUUAUCAUCUAAUAUUCUGUUACUUAUUUUGUUGGCCAAACUGUUUCCAAUUUGGACAUUGGAAGCUUUCUCAGGCUUCCUUCUGCUAGAGUUUUCAAGGACCACCUCAUCUUGUUUGCACCAACAAACUGCUUUCCUAGAGUGGAAGGUUGAACUUGACUCUUGAGAGAGUUUUCAGCGCAUGGAACGGCGCCUCUGGUGGACCCAGCACUCUGGGCCUUAGGACUCCCAUCCACAGUGGCCUGUAAGGCUGUGGGUCUCAGAGACUCUGAUGCAGGAGUCAAACCCCACAAACCCACAGCUGUUUACUGAUGCUUCUGGAUAGGCUAUGCAGUCCAAGCACCUCUUGGGACCAGAUGCACUGACGGAGGAGGGCAAGACAGCCAGGAGAGGGGGCAAGCCUGGAGCCACUGGGAGUCAAGAACGUGCCCAGGAACUUGCUCCCUUAAGGAUCUGAGCAAAGCUGGCGGCACGAUAAAAAAUUACAGAACUACCGGCCCCUGGGAAAACCCACAUGGCUGCAAGUCCUGUGAAUUCCCUGGUAGGGAGUGAUUCAGAGCCCAAGGCUGGUGUCCACCAGUCCUCGGGGCCCAGUCCAGAGACUGCAGCAGUUAAGAUAUUUAGGGGGCUUCGGUAAGGUCCAGCUCCUCAUUCUUUUUUUUUUUGCGGUACGCGGGCCUCUCACUGUUGUGGCCUCUCCCGUUGCGGAGCACAGGCUCCGGACGCGCAGGCUCAGCGGCCAUGGCCCACGGGCCCAGCCGCUCCGCGGCAUGUGGGAUCUUCCCGGACCGGGGCACGAACCCGUGUCCCCUGCAUCGGCAGGCGGACUCUCAACCACUGCGCCACCAGGGAAGCCCCCAGCUCCUCAUUCUUAUCUCCAGGACUUAACCUUGGGGAAAAGGUAAGGAUUCUGGAUAACCUUUUGUCUCCCUGUAGUGGUGUAGACCUGCCCUUGACUCUCCUGUGCUUUCCUCUCCACAGUUCGGGAGAGUACUGCCUUUGGAGCCCGGAUAGGCUGGGGGGAAGGAUGACCAGGAAAACAAGAUGGCUGGGGCUGGGUCAACAGAGCAUUUCGCUCAGAAUGGAGCCCCUUAGAAAUGUCAGCUCCAGCUGUUCUUUGGCAAAGAUACCACCACGUCUCCUCCAGGAGCUCUGCUCUCGGAGUAGGAAGGGAUUCCCACACUAAACACCCGCAAGGGCUGAGGAAGCCACCUGCACCAAGUGCCUGCCCACAGGCCUGUGGAGCUCCCGGGAGGGGUGUGGGCUGGGCUAGGCUCAGGGAGCUAGUGGUUUAUAAAGCAGCAGAAACCCUGCCCUGAGCAGAGCAUCCCAGCGCUGACACAAUGAAGGGAACACUGCUUGUGCUGGCCUUGCUGGUGACCAGAGAGCUGACCUUUGAGACGGCGGAAGCUUGCCCUAUAUUUUACAGAGUGGUUAGCACUGUGGUCCUCGGAAGCAGGACACUGUUGGACCUAGCCCUUGAAACAGUUGGCACUACUGAACGGGAAAAAGCAGACAUAGAAAAACUCCAGGAUUGCUACAAUGAGUUGGGAUUUCUGGACAAGCUCAAGCCUCUGAAACUCAUGGUAAUUUACUCUCCCCAUCCGCCACCAUGACGACACACAUGCAGCAUAUUGCAAUGUGCCACACGGUAAUAGACCGUGCAGUCAUGGGAUAUGUGAGAGACAAGAGCUAUAAACAAUGAAACACGUAAACCUUUGCUCCACCCUACGGCACGUAUGUUAUGCAACCACAGUCCACCUGCACAGCCAGCCUCUUCUGCUACCGAAUAUGUCUACAGCGUGCCAGUUAGCUCCCACACAACAGCGGACUCUUAUCAAUGCAACACACCAAGUGUGUUGACUCGUGAUUUUUUCUUGGUGAGGGGAGUUAGCACUGGAGGAGUAGAAUUUUAAUCUUUGUCAGGAAAGGAAGAAUUCAGCUCAUACGCACUAGGAGUCCUGUCAGAGCUAUUUUAGGAAUAUUGAAAAUGAGCCCCUGCCUUUAGACUCUUCUCCCAGGAAGGGACUCCCUUGGCUUUGUAAGGUUUCUGGCUUGUGGCCACUUCCUUCCUCGUGUGCCCACGUUGAUGGCUAUUCCUCUGGCUAAGAGCCCCACUUCCACUGACAUUGUCUCAGUGCCUACAGGCCAGAAGUCCACUCAGGUGUUUGGGGGCCUGAGGCAGCUUCUAGCUACAUGCAGCUGCUCAGCUGUGCUAGUAAUGUUAUCUUCUGAGGAAAUAUCUUUCUUUCGUUGUUGUUCUUGUCAUACCUCAUGCUACCAGAUAGGUAGUCUGUCUUUUACCCUAUUUUCCUCAAAGUGUUGAUACUGCAUAGCGAGACGUUUUCCCAUAAAGCAGAGUUUCUUGCACUAAUAUAAGCACACAGGGCACAUGGGGCUGUUUACAUGCACAUUCCGUACACCCAAUACACCUGACAGAAGGGGCUCAGGUGCAGGAGACGUGACACAAACCCCGCCUCUGCUACCUUGCUCCUCCCUCAGGACCAGCCCCUGCUACGCCCUGCAGAACCCUUGUCCUCUCCUCCCCUCCCUGGCACGGCUUGUUGCUCUGUCUCCAUCCUGACACCUGUGCACAGGUGAUUAGGGAGCCGUCCUCCUCCUGGCCGGCCUGAUGGCAGCCCCCUCUCCACUGGUGGGUCUGUGGGCCAGAGGUUCUUGCUGGGGAUGCAGCUGAAUCACUGAGGGUGAGGUGUGAGGUGUGAGGUGAUCCUGGGGAGACAGGGUCGCCCUGCUGUGGGCUCAGGUCCUGUCCCUCCUCAUCCUACUCUCUCCCAGGGUUCCAUCCUCCUCAGUGAUGAAUGUGUUAACUAUACAGUGUCCACGGCGAUGGAUAAUAUUCUAGGAGACAUUUGCAAACUGCUCCCCUUGAGGAGAUAAUCUUUGCGAGUGAUGCCUGGUCUACGCUUGGUCUUCCUGCCCUGUUCUCCUUAUCAGCUGAAGCUAGAAUCCAAACACCUGUCCCCACCUGACUCUAAUAAAAUGGCUGCCGCUUCGCUCAGCGUGCCCACUGUCUGUGUGCUGUGCGGGGAGGAUGUGAGGCCCCGCAGGAGAUCUUGGGAGAUGGUGAGAAGUGACACAUGUGGUCAUUGAGAGCAUGGGGACUGGAGUCAGAACCAGGGUAAGCCUAGGCUCUGUCCUUGGCAAGCUGUGGCACCAUGGGCAAGUUUGCUGUAACUUUCUCAGGCCAUUCUCUCAUCUGCAAAAUGGGGAUUGUGUGUGAAGAUUAAGCAAAAUAACACAUAUCUAAACCCCGACUUCACCAGCCUGGAAAGAUAAAAGUGUUGUCCGGGGCCACUGAUAGCAUAGUAUAUCUCCCACUCUGGCCUUUAUCACAGUUGCAGAGCCUCUAGUCCUUUAAAUGUCCCUCCAGUUAUUGGAGGGUGACUCCGGAGAUGACCUGAGUAAGCUCAUCGCAAGUCCCCUCUUUUUCCCACUGGCAUUCACCAUUUUCUACUUCUUAGGUGGAUGUCUUCUGAGGAGCCUGACCUUUCUUCAAGGACACUUAGUACCACUGCUGUCCUUGGGUUCUGCCACUGGGACCAGGACCCCCAUGAAGUCUUGGGCCAGGAGGGAGGGAGUGGAUGGAAGAAGCUAACCCAGAGGCAGUGUUGUUGUCAUGGAAAGAGCUCAGGCUCUGGAGUCUUAAUUGCAGGAUGUGCCACAUGGGGCACGUGUCCCGAACCCUCCGAGCCUACGUCUAAAAGCACGAAAUGGGUAAUUGCGUUACCAGUAGGAGACUUGUGAAGCUACAAGGAAGGGACUAGGCUUUACCUCUGUCUCCUAGGGUCUAGGGCAAUGUCAGCUACAGGGAGCAUGGCCCGCAAAAAGAGUGGCAUAACUGGUAAAACCUCUCUACUGUCUGGCCAGGUGGGCAAAAUAAGGUCACAUACCAGGAGCUGAACUUGGGACCUGGGGCUAAGAGGCCAGGGCCUUGAGCCUGGCUCUUCUUUGACCUGAUGGCUGAACUCAAGUAUUUCAAUUCACCCGUUUGUUCAUUCUACACCUUGAUUUUUACAUCUGCCAAGUGCUGGAUGCUCUGCUAGGCUUAGUAUUAAGUGUUCAGGUCAUCCUAAAAAGAUGUAAACUUUUGUUGAAAAGUGCAAAAUAAAAUUUGAACAGAUAAAGAGCUAAAUCAUAUCCUUGUAUGAGAUGAAUUGACAUUGUAGAAAUGUCAUCUGUUCCCAAACCCAUCUAAAUUCAUCUUUGUUGGAAUGAAGAUUGACUUAAUAUUUGCCGCCCCAAAUAAAGCCUUGAAGUCAACCAAGGAAAUUUUGAAAAACAGGAACCGUAAAGAGGAUUGUUCUCACCGAGUAUUGCAGCUGAAGUACGUCUCCAACUAAUAAACAGUCUAGCUUCAGUGGAGGAAUGUUUAGGUGGUCGUUGUGACAGAAGAGAAAACACAUGGAUAGAGUCAAAGAUAGUGUAAGAUAUAAUAAUAACAAUUUAUUGAAUCAUGAAGAAAGAAUGGAUUUUUUAAAAAUGGCAUUGAGGGCUUCCCU